CUAUAAAAAUCUUUGUUUGCAAAAUCGUGGCUCUCCCUUGAAAUGGCUGAAGUGACAACGAGAGAAAAAGAAGAGGAGAGCAGUUGCAAGCACAACCCCCUCUCUCCUCAAAGCGCCAGAGAUCUCGUUGCAUCCGUCGACGUCUUCCUCUUCGAUUGCGAUGGGGUCAUUUGGAAAGGAGACAAGCUCAUCGAAGGAGUUCCUCAGGCUUUACAAUCUCUGCGAUCUAUGGGAAAGAAGCUGGUUUUUGUUACCAACAACUCAACCAAAUCCAGGAGGCAAUAUGCAAAGAAAUUCCUUGCUCUUGGGAUUGAUGUCAGUGAGGAUGAGAUCUUCUCAUCAUCAUUUGCUGCCGCGAUGUUCUUGAAGCUGAACAACUUCCCUCAUGGUAAGAAGGUUUAUGUUGUUGGUGAAGAAGGAAUACUCGAGGAACUAGAAUUUGCUGGAUUUAUAGGAUUAGGAGGCCCGGAAGAUGGCAAGAGAAACAUAGUGCUAAAAUCAGGAUUCCAAUUUGAAUAUGACAAAAGUGUUGGGGCCGUAAUUGUUGGGCUUGACAAGUACAUAAACUAUUACAAACUCCAGUAUGCAACUUUGUGCAUCCGUGAGAACCCCGGGUGCCUCUUUAUUGCAACCAACCGUGAUGCUACUGGCAAUCUAACAGAGUCACAAGAAUGGCCAGGUGCGGGGUGUAUUGUUGCUGCAGUCUGUGGAUCAACUCAGAAAGAACCUAUUCUUGUUGGAAAACCGUCGACAUUUAUGAUGAAGUUCCUAGUAGAGAGAUUCCAGAUUGAUACUUCAAAAAUGUGCAUGGUUGGUGAUAGAUUGGACACAGAUAUACUUUUCGGAAAAAAUUCAGGCUGCAAGACUCUUCUUGUUCUUUCAGGCUGUACUUCCUUGCCAGCUUUGCAAGAUCCAUCGAAUAAUAUCUAUCCGGAUUAUUAUACGAGCAAUGUAUCCGAUGUUGUUGAAUUAUCAAAACUGUGAUGCGUUUGUCAGAACAGCUCGAUGUCAGCUGUUGAAAACCUCUUUAUUAUAAAACUACGAAUUCAUUUUCUUGAAAUAUUGUGAUGUAUCAAUCUUGUGUAAAGUUGAUUUUUUACUCCACAACAAUCGGUAACUUUAUAUCCCCUUCAGCAUUCUGAACACAAGCAAAUGAUAAGGCUGAGUAUCCUUUAUUAUGUUUA